AUGUGUGGAGGUGCUAUAAUAUCCGAUUUCAUAGCGCCGACUCGGUCCCGGCUCACCGCCGACUACCUCUGGCCCGAUCUCAAAAAACCCAGUUCAGGAAAGCAGUUCUCGAAGCCUCUCAGGCCCGAAAUCGUUGACUUAGGCGACGACUUCGAGGCUGAUUUCCAGGAAUUCAAGGACGAGUCUGAUGUGGACGAAGAUGAUGAAAUGGUUGAGGCCAAGCCCUCUGCUUUUUCUGCUGGAAAGCCCUCUUCUGCUCGUGGCUCUACAACGGUGAAAUCAGUGGAGUUCAAUGGGCAGGCUGAGAAAUCUGCAAAGAGAAAGAGGAAGAACCAGUACAGGGGAAUUCGCCAGCGCCCAUGGGGUAAGUGGGCUGCAGAGAUCCGAGAUCCAAGGAAAGGGGUCCGGGUUUGGCUUGGAACUUUCAACACUGCAGAAGAAGCUGCAAGGGCUUAUGAUUCCGAGGCACGUAGAAUUCGUGGCAAGAAAGCCAAGGUUAAUUUCCCUGAUGAAACCCCACGAUCUUCUGCAAAGCGUUCUGUCAAGGCAAAUCCUCAGAAAAUGCAACCCAAGACAAACAUGAAUGCCAUUCAGCCUAAUCUGAACCAGAAUAUCAAUUUUGUGAAUGACCCAAAUCAGGACUACUACAAUGCUAUGGGUUUUCUGGAUGAAAAGCCACCGACUAAUAACUUUGGGUUUAUGUCCACCUUCCCUGCCAAUGAUGUUGCGCUGAAAUCCUCUACUCCAUCCGAUGCUGUCCCCCUGUAUUUCGGCUCUGAUCAGGGAAGCAAUUCUUUUGAUUGUUCUGACUUUGGCUGGGGAGAACAAGGUUCAAAGACUCCAGAAAUAUCAUCUGUUCUUUCAUCUGUUAUGGAAGAAAGUGAUGACUCACUGUUUCUGGAGGAUGCUAGCCCAACGAAGAAACUGAGGUCUAACCCAGAGGAUCUGGUGCCUGUUCAAGAUAAUGCAGGAAAGACACUGACUGAUGAGCUCUCAGCUUUUGAGAUGAAGUACUUUCAGACGCCAUAUCUUGAUGGGAGCUGGGAUGCUUCAGUGGAUGCCUUCCUCAGCGGAGAUGCAACUCAGGAUGGUGGCAACUCAGUGGACCUUUGGUGCUUCGAUGACCUGGUUGGGGGAGGAUGGUUUUCUCUGGGUUUGGAGUGCAAGCUGUUGAACAUGCAUAAGGCUUGUAUGGGGAGUACUUUAAGCCGUAGCAAUGGUCUAUGGAGAGCAUAUAGUGAAGGCAACAAGAUGUGUUUGCAGACGGAAUUGCCAAAAGACCCUGCCAUUUCUGUUAAUAAUUUAGAGUAUGUGGGGUAA